AUGCCCAUGAGGUCCUUAGUCCUUCUGGUUGAGCUCUUGCUAUGGCCUUCGUUCCUGCCCGCGUAUCCAAGCACAACCGUGACACCUGAUGAAGAAAAAAAUGUGAAUCAUUAUGUACAAGUUUUACAGAACCUACUACUAAGUGUUCCCACUAGGGAGCCAUCCCAUGAGAAAAAAUCAGGAUCUCCAAAUAAUGUUUACUCUAUGAGACCGAAGGCAUCAAAACUUAAGGAGAUAAUUACACAUGACAAAGCUUCAACUGAGAAUGUUGUAACCAGCCCUGUGACUGAUAAAAUUACAACUUUGCCGACUAGAAGCUUCUCACUGGAACAAAGGAGGAAAAAAAAUACUAAAAGUACAGCAUUCUGGUCAAUUAAACCAAACAAUGUUUCUGUUGUUUUGCGUGCAAAAGAACCUUAUAUUGAAAAAGAAGAGCCAGAGCCAGAGCCAGAUGUAAAACAAACUGAGGCACCGAUGUUAUGGCCGUAUGUUACUGAAUCACCUACAAGUUCUUCAAGCCGGAGCACUGACUGGGACACCUCUGCUGAAGCAGAAGAUGUUCCUCAGCUCUUGGGAGAAUAUGAAACACAAGCAUUUGAAAACCACCCACAAAGGUCAAGUAAUGAAGAAAUUUUGAAAAAAAUUUCAGAUAUUAGCUUGAAAGUGCAUCAGGUACCUCUUGCUGAGAGCCUCAACCCAGAAUAUAGAGAGGACAUUGAAGCCGUUAGAGAGCACCUAAAACGAAGCCUUGCUGUAGCGGCAGCAGCAGAACACAGAUUAAACAAGAUGUAUAGAUCCCAGGUAUUACCACUAGGGCAAAACAGUUUAGGAAUUGAUGACGUUGAAACUGUUAUUAACAUGCUGUAUAAUUCUAGAUCAAAGUUAUCUCAAUAUUUAGAUACCAGAUAUGUUCCAUCAGAGAUGAGAGAAAAAGCUAUUACAGUGAUCAGUACAUUGAAAAAAAUAUUAUGUGUAAGUCGACUAGAAGUUCAAAACCUUAUUAGGAAGUUAUUAAACAAUAAUAUAAAAAUUUUAAAUCUACUUGAUGUUCCAUGA